AGCUCUGUCAGAGCUGGCUGCAGUGAAUGCGCUUUUCAGCUGCUGCUGCUGCUACGUGAUCUCUUUCUCAAUGAAAAGACGUUUCCAAGCUGCAAUAACAGUUACAUCCCCAGAGCAACAGAAGCGUUGGAUGACCACACCUCCAGCUGGCCAAAACAGGUCUACCUGGGUCACCCUGCCACCCGAGCCAGCACCCGAGGCAACAUGAGCACCUAGCGCCUCACUCCUCACCAGCCAGGGACCUCUCUGCUGGAUGCACCAAUGACAGUUCAUGUGACUCCAGGGGUGAUUGCUUCUCAUGCAUUUCGUGUACAUACUUAACCCCCACUGAUGUCUCCCCCUGAGAAGUGGCCUCUAGUUGUCCCAUUCAUGGUGGCACAUGGGUGGACUGGGACCAGAAGACCACCUCUAGGAACAAGAUGGACCAGAUGGGCAGCCCUGCUCCUGGUGGCCCUGAUUUCAGCUCUGCAGAACCCAGUGCAAGGUUCUCCAACACUGCUGCCAGAUGUAACAAGUGAAUUAUGGCCUUCUGAGGAAUUAACUUCUUCCUCUGUCACCAGUGAAGUAGUGACUACAAUUGAACAAUCAGAAGAGAUGGAGAAUUCUACUUUGUAUAACAACACAACAUUAUCGAGCAAGAAUUCCAACACUAGUGAUACAAGCCCAACCUCCAGUAUCCAAGACAAUAUAACAAUGCAGUUGGGAGAACUCAAUCCUUCUGAAUCUUCACCACUUUCUUCAUUCCAGCCUACAAACUCAGGUCUAAGUGAUUCCAACACAUUUACCUUAUUGACUUUGCCUUUACAUCCAUCAUCCCCAUAUACAUCUUCUGCUUCUGGAGCAGAUAGUUUGACUCCUUUUCCAUCAUCAUCGUCAUCAUCUUCAUCGUCAUCAUCAUUAUCAUUAUCAACAAUAUCAUCUAACCAGUUUUUCAUAUCAUCCACUGAUGUAGAUGAUACAUCUUCCACUGUUGCACCUUAUUCUAGCAUGGUACCACUAGGAAACAGUACGGGGGGAAACUUAAAUCAGGACGUUGUUACAGAUGUUAUAAAAUCUACUCCUAUGGUAACUGGCAAGACCUUGACCAUUGAAACCACCAGUUUGGAGAAAAUGGAAAUAGAAAUAUCAACUUUCGAAGCUACAAAAUUUUCAGUGCAAGAAUCCUUCACACAAACACCACAUUCUUCAACACUUAAAACCACAGCAAUCUCUAACAUUGAAUCAAAUAAUGACUCCUUGACUACUUCAUAUAAACUCUCCAUUCCAUUUACAUCUACUUUUACAUUAUCUUUAGACACACUAGACACUAACAAUUCAAAAUCAUAUGGAGCAGAAACAUUUUCUUUUACCCAGUCAACAUCUACUGUAAUGUCUACAUCGACUGACCAUGUUGAUUUUAUGGAUGGAGGCUCAUCUGAUAAUCAGACAAGUAACUCUACAUCCUAUCCAAGUACAUCAUUCAUACCAUCUUUCACAGACGAAACUACAGAGGUUCUAAACGUAACAAACAACCCUCCAUCGGAUCAAUAUGCCACCAUAUACAAUGCCUACAAAACUACAGAUAUUGGCCUUAGAGAAUCUUUAGCAACUGAUGAAAUUAUUGUGUCUCCAGCAAUAAUCACUAUAAAUAAUAGUAGUAAUACCAACAGUCCAGUCUCCAAUAAUUCGGCAUAUAUGGUAUCUCAGACAACAAGCAGCCCCUCUACUCAGCAUACAGAAACAAGUAUUUCCUCCAAGAGCAAUGCAAUGGCCCUGUCUACUGUAGAACUUGAAGCUAUUUCAGGUUCUGCCCCUACAAAUGUAUUAGCACUAACUAGUGAGUCUACUCGAGCAAUAGGUGACACUAAAUCUGAAGUUGCAAUGACCUCUAUUAUGACAAGUAUGAAUCCUGAGCUGAACUCUCCAAGUCCUCUUCAACUACAUACAACUAUAGAAAGUGACACUGAUCUUCAUAUGUCAUCAAAUGCUCCAUUGGAAAAUGAUGAGAACUCAUCUAGGCUAUCACCAACAAUGCAGUCUAGAACGUCGACCCAGAUAUCACCAGAAUUUAUCACAACAAUCUCUUAUUUUUACAUUGAUACUGUGUCAAACACAAAGAAUUCGGAACACAGUACAGAAAAAGCAUUAUCUGUGGAAACAACAACCUCUGGAAUUGGAUUAAGUUCAUCUAGCAAUGAGCUGGGGUACACCAUCACUGACAUUACAUCAUUAUCUCAACCUAAUACAUCAACUAUAUUAUUUUCUUCUCAGUCUAUAGCUGAUGAAAUGACAACAGAAGCGUAUUUGUCCAAUGAAAUAGCCACAUACAACACUGGUACAAACACAGACAAAAUACUGAACAAUUUUACAGAAAUCCUGUUGACCAAUACUACAAAAAUACAAAAUAUAAGUGAAGAAAAUACAAUUUCCAGUUCAAUUCAGACAGAACCCAAUACCUCAGCCAGUAAUAUCCCAUUAGAAGUCACCAUUUCAUAUUCUGAGGAGUUGACCUCCCAUCUUAGUAUACAAUCAAGUACCAUUGUCCCAUCAGUAGCUCCAGUGGAGACAUUAACCCAGCAUGCGCCAAGUGCCACCAGUAAUGUCAUAACAUCGUGGACCAAGUCAUCUACAUUGACAGUUAACGGUAGUGAAAACACAGAGAUCCUGCAGACAAAUUUUACAGAGGACACUAUUCACAUAGUCACAGACAAUCCAAACAUCAGUGAAAAAAGUACAGCUAUUUCAUCAACAUUUAAAUCCUUUACAAGCAAUGCUUUGUCAACCUUUCAUGAAUCAACAUCUAAUCUUGAUAGUAGUAUAGAACCAAGUACCAUUAGAUCAUUAUCAAAAACAACAUCAGUGGAAACAACAUUGUCUACACCAAGUGAGACUAGCAAAUACAUGACAUCUUGGACUUCUGAAACGUCCAGUGUUUUGUCUCCACCUGUAAUAAACACAUCAACUACACUGUAUUCUCAGUCAAAUGCAACAUCUACUUUGGAAACACCAUCAGAAUCUUCUAUGUCCACAAUGAUGUAUAGGACUAAUAUAAACACAGACAGCCUGCAGACAUAUUCUACAGGAGAGAUCAGUCAGACAGUCACAUACAGUCCCAAUAUCAAUCAAGAAAACACAACUUUCAUGUCAACAAUGACAGAAUAUGGAAGCACAAACAGCAAAGCAACUUUGGAUGAAUCAACGUCCGAUCUUGGUAUAACUACAAAGCCAAAUCAAACAACUGUAACUACACGCAGUGAAGAUAUUACCAGUAGUAAUGUAAUAACAACACGGACUAUUACUCAUAAUAAUACUACAGUGACUAAUGUUACAUCACCAUCUGUGUUAAACUCAACUAUAAUAUUAUUCUCCUCCCAGCCCACUGUCACUUCUGCUCCUGAAACUCUUAUGUCUACUUGGACAUCUAGUGCUCCAUAUGAAAUGAACACAAACACAGAGAGUUUGCAGACAAAUUCUUUUGGGCACUCCAGUUACACUACCACAAAUUCCAGGUCAACUAACACAGAGUCUAGAACCUCAACCAGUUUUCUAUCAUCAGACUUUCCUUCGUCAUAUUCUGAAACAACAGUGAUUUCUGAAGCAACAAUAUCAUUGGAGGAAAGAACUGGAACUAUGGUAAGUACCCCAUCUAAUACAGUACUUAUUAUUGAUAAUAGUACCACAAGCUCUGCCAUUACAUUGCUAGCUGCAUUGACCGCAUCGACAAUACUAUUCUCUUCUCAGUCCAGUUCAACAAUUGCUGGUGAAACUCCAACUGGAAUGCAUAUAUCUAACGGGACAAUCACGGUAAUAUAUAACCCUGAUACAAACACAGAGCAUUUGCAGACUGGGGAGAUAUCAAGCCAUCAAUCUGUUUCCAGCGGCAUAACGACAGCACUCUUUCCUAAGAUGUCUGAAAGUGUAGUAAGUAUCACAGAUUAUGUGGACUCUACCACACACUUUACUCCACACUCAGAAGCUAUGACUUCAUCAAGCAAUCAAUCUACGGAUCAGUUGAGGGCCUCUACAGUACCAAGUAUCUCAUUCAGUGAGUCUACAAAUCAGACAAGUCAAGAAACUUCACAAAGUGCUGAGAUUUCUUCCACCAUCAACUCAAUACUAUCUCAACCUACAUCUGAAAAACAACUUGACUCUACUUCUACAGUUUAUACUGAUUUACAAUCACAGUCUACAACUCCUUACACUUUGCCCUUCACCACUCAUAGUGAGAUACCUUCAGCACGGCCCUUGACAUCUAAAAUAUCUCCAGCAAUGACCACUGUGAGUAAUGCUACAAAUAUUCAGCAGACAGUAACAGGAGAAUCCAACAUCUCAACAUACUUAGGGUCAACGACUCAAGCUGACUAUUCAGUUACAAUCACUGUAGGUAGUACUAAUGGCAGCAGCACUCACAAAGCAGUCACUUCAGAUUCCAUUCUCCAAACCAUAUCUCAUUUGUCAUCCACAUCUAUAACGCCAACUCAUUCAUCAUCCUUGGCACAUACAACUACAAUCUUUCCAAUGAACAUAUCUAAUUCUCUUUCUACAGUCUCUUCUAUGGUAUCUUCUGCUGAAGUUUCAACUGUUUCCACUGCAGGAAUUGCAACACAAACCUUUACCUCUAUACCAACUCCUUCUUCCUCUUACGUAACUCAUACAAACCACACAAGUCAUAUUUCACCAUCAAUUAUUAAUAUAUUGGUGUCAACAAAGCUCACAAAGGCUACCCAGGCUCCAACAUCAGGGGAACUUACUGCACAAACCACACAUUUUAUACCAACAAACCACACAGCACAUACACCUACUAUAGUUGUUCUUCCAACCACAGUAAAAACCAGCAUAGUCACAAGAACCCCCUCAAUCACGACUCAUGCAUCGAGUACAAGUACGAUCAAAGCUAUGUCAGAUACCUCCAAAACAUCAACUGUUCUCCCUCAAACCAUUACUACGCCAACCAUGGCAACUACAACAGCAUCCAUGACUACGACCGUGACUUCUGUGGCACCAUUGACAAAUGCUACUUCUACUCAUAGCACAAAUCCGACAACCAUCUUUAGCACGUCAAUAACACCUUCUUUGGAGUGUAAGCUAUCAUCAAACACCAUGAUAAAAAGUGUUCUUACCCUGGUGUAUCAGCCGACCAUCACGCAGAGAGAGACCGUUGUGCAGAAUUUUGCUGACUUUCUUAACCACACUCUAUACCAAGCGCUAAAACAGCCAAUUCAAGUAUUUGUGAACUGGACGUUAGUAGAUAUGGCGAGCCUGUCGCGCAAUGUCUCAGUGGGAUAUUCUGUCGCAGUGAAUUUCUCAGUUUAUAUUCCUUCAGCCAUUGUAGAUAUUCUUACAGGAAGUGAUGUCUUUAACGUACCUGACCUCAAGCUUCGUAUUCCCAUCCUACAGUCUGUGCCAGUAAUUGCUCAAACAUGGGUGCUGGUACCAAACAGUUUACAGCUAAAAACAGUGUUGAAGUUGAUGGGGACAGGUGGUAAUGUCCACACUUGUGUCUAUGCUCGGACCAUGGAACAAAGGUUGCAGACGGCAUUCGAGAAGGCCGAGAACACCAGUGUUGGCACCAGCAGCAAUAGCCUCACAGUCCAGAUUUUGAACACAUCUGAAGUUAAUCAGAUUCUCACCCUGAUAUAUGCAGUGAGUAACAACAGCCAACCAUUAAACGGAACCACAGCUAGCAGGCUCCUCAAUGUCCUCUCUGGGGAGUUGGUUGGGUACUACCUGGGAGACCCUCCCAUCACUAUUGCAGAACCCUUAGAGUUUCUGAAUAUUGAUAUCUCCGCUGCAACAAGGAACUACUGGCUGACCACAGUGAUACAGGGUGUUGAUAGUCAGUUAUUGGGGGUAAACAACCAAAGCUUUGCACAACAGAUGGAAGAGAGACUGGCCACUCUGUUUCAACUUUCUGGUCAACAGUCAAGAAGAUUUAGAAGAGCAACUACUGUAGGAAGUUACACUGUGCAGAUGGUGAAAAUGCAGCGCUUGACAGGUGCUAAUAAUCUGGCUGAGUUAACGUACUAUGCUGAGAAAAAUGGGCAGCCAAUACUGGGCACAGCUGCUGCCAAGCAACUUAGUACCAUUGACCAGCAGACCAUGGCCUUGACCCUUGGAUAUAUUGUUCGAAUACAAGCAAAUCCUGUUGUGCAAAAUCCACCAAACAAUCUCUGGAUAAUCGCUGCCGUGUUGGCUCCAAUAGCUGUUGUCACGGUCAUCAUCAUUAUCAUUACUGCUGUGCUCUGCCGGAAGAACAAAAGUGAUUUUAAGACAGAUAACAUGAGCAACAUUCCCCCAAGAACCAAGCCAGUUCAAGGCUUCGAUUAUGCCAAACAGCACCUUGGACAACAAGGAGGCGAUGAGGACGUUCUCCCUGUCACCCAGGAGACUGUGGUCCCAUCUCUGAACUUGUCACAGGAAAGAGACAGCACGAAGGAUGGGAGUACCGAAAAAAUGCUCAAAUCUUCUGACAACAGAAACAGCCGGUCGCCUUGUGAAAACGGUUCCGUCAUCAGCAACGAAUCAGAAGAGGAGAGUUCAGACAGGAGCACUCCGCAGAAAGUUAUUGCUCAGCACAGAGUGACAAAGGAUGAUGCUUGCAAGCGGAACGGUUUUUCAAAACAAAAAAGAAAAAUUGUGCCAAUAAGUGACGAAGAUGAGAGGAAUAUUCACUUUGACAAAAACAACAAAUUGGUGCCUGAUCCAUUCGACUCAUCAUCCGGUUCUGUGCAACUAAUCGCGAUUAAGCCAGUCUCGAUUCCACCUUCGCUUGCUGUGUCUGAAAGAAACCAGGAGAUGUCAAUCAUCAAUGGGGAGGUGAAUAAAGCCCUUAAGCAGAAAUCGGACAUUGAACACUACCGCAACAAACUGCGUCUCAAGGCUAAACGAAAGGGCUACUAUGACUUCCCCCCUAUAGAAACCAAGUCCCUCAACGAGAGGAAGAGAAAGGCCUAUGAGAAAACUCAGGCGGAGAUCGACAAUGCGCUGGAGGUGGAUACAGACAAUUCUUCGCCAUUUGCAGAGCCUAAAAACAGGCAACCAAUAAAGAACCAUGCCUAUAGAAGUCGACAGUCCCUGAAUAGCCCAAGCCCUGGAGAGACUGAAAUGGAUCUUCUCGUGACUCGGGAAAGACCACGACGUGGAAUUCGCAACAGUGGUUAUGAUACGGAACCUGAAGUUAUAGAAGAAACAAAUAUUGAUCGGGUAAAACAAGCCCGGACUUUCCUCAAGUCUCGUCAAGCCAAGGGCCACUCCGAGACAUCCACGCUGAGCUCUCAGCCGUCCAUUGAUGAAGUCAGGCAGCAGAUGCACCUGCUGCUGGAAGAGGCAUUCAGCCUGGCAUCCGCAGGGCAUGGAGCUAACAAGCAACAGACAGAUCCGUAUGCCUCAGCGCAACAUAUGCCAUAUUCCGAUGUUGUCACCAGUGCCCCAGGCACAAUGUCACGACCACGGAUACAGUGGGUGCCAACUUAUGGGCCUGAGAUGUACCAGUACAGCCUACCCAGGCCGACAUAUCGGUUUUCCCAGCUACCUGAAAUGGGGACGGGUUCUCCUCCACCUCCAGUUCCGCCUAGGACAGGUCCAGUUGCAGUUCCCUCUCUACGGAGGUCCACGUCAGAUGUGAAUAAGAACAGGAUGCCAGAGCCCAGCGGGAAUGAGCAGGGACCAGGUAACUCAGUGCCGGCUGUAUUUGCCAUACCUGGGAACCGAGCAGGGUAUUCUGGCUAUUACAUUCCGCAACCCCCAGCUUCAUACCGGAACCAGGCCUGGAUGUCAUAUCCAGGAGAGAAUGAAUUACCGGGACAGUGGGCAGACUCGGUUCCACUUCCCGGAUACAUUGAGGCUUACCCAAGGUCAAGAUACCCACAAGUCUCUCCUUCCCGACUUCCCAGGCAGUUUGGUCAGCCAGUUAAUAUACAUUCAAGCCUAGACCAUGCUGCUGGUCCAUCAAUUGGAGCUUCUCAGCAAAGCCUGACCGAUACGGACACCCCAGAUGCCUCAAUCACCAACCUAUCCACGGCUGCGUUGGUAAAAGCCAUACGAGAGGAAGUUGCUAAACUGGCCAAAAAACAGACAGACAUGUUUGAAUUCCAGGUCUGAGAAUAUGGUGAAAUGAUCCAACGAACCACGUCCAGCAACAGUGCCUAAAAAAAAAUCAGGACUCACGUGGGAUUUUAUGCUAUUUUUAUUCACAUGGGAAAAGGACAAAUGAUGCCCCUGUUACUAAUACAGUAAUUAUGGUUUUAUUUAUAUAUGACAAAUUAGUUUUCUAUUGAAGGCAGCACCAGGACGAUCAAUUCACUCUUUUUUUUGUGUUGGAAAAACGAACAGUAUUAUUUAAAAUCAAAUGAUCUCAUAUGCAGCCAUUAGCGCUAAUUAUCCAAGUUGCUUAAUAAAAAUGAAAAUAGCAUCACCUUUUAUGUUGGCACAAUCUGAGCCUGCCAAUGUAUUCUCUUGGACUGUGUACACUUUUAGGAGGGCAAUAUAGUAAAUGGUAGGUAGGUGACCCGUGGCGCUCCCACUGCUAAGUAACUACAAUUUGUGGACACACUGGGACUUGUAGUCCUGCAGCAGCUGAAGAACCACAAUGGCCUGAACUCUGAGUAAGUGAAGAGUCCUGUCAUUCAACCAUUCCAGGUUAAAUGUAAAAUAAGAAAUGUGCAAUGCUAUACUAUUUCAAGGUACACAUGGUGAAAGUUUCAUUGAGUAAGCACCUAUUCCUCUCAGCGUUGAAAGGUUUCUCAGUAUGGCGCUCCGCCAAUGCCGGUAAAUUGAGAACCUUGUGUAAAUUUGGCUUAGAAUACGAUCUCCAGCCAGCCGUACAAAAAGCUUCUGUCUGUCUGUCUGAGGCUUCUAUUCUUCAGCAAGAUAUAAUACUAAGUCCAAAACAGAGCUACGGAAAAUUCUUGGUUUAACUGGAAGAGAGCAAUCAUGAAGGUUUACUUUCCGACUGAGGAAUGCUUGCUGAUAAAACCCUAUUAUGUAAAAGGCUGUGUGUCUUAACUGUAGAUGUAAAUACGGCAGGUACUUUUCUUUAGAAAGAAACCUUUGGUCAUGUAAACCAGCUACUAUUCAAUCUGGAUACAUUUAGUGCAGGUUAACCUGAUAUCCUGGUCUGUAUAGAUCACCAUUCUACUAUUCAACAACUGGGUAUCUUUAAAGAGGAGCUGCCACAGAAAUAUAUAAUGUGCAUCCUAUAUUGCAUUACAGGAAGACUGAGGGGGUAAUCCAGACCUGAUCGUAGCAGCAAAUUUGUUAGCAGAUGGUCAAAACCAUGGGCCUAAUUCAGACCUGAUUGCUAGCAGGUGAUUUUUGCACUGCUGUGAUCAGAUAGUCGACGCCUACAGGGGGAGUGUAUUUUAGCUGUGCAAAUGUGCAAUCGCAUGUGUAGCAGAGAUGUACAAACAGAUUUUGUGCAGUCUCUGAGUAGCGCAGGACUUACUCAGCUGCUGCGAUUACUUCAGCCUGUCCGGUCCCAGAAUUGAUGUCAGACACCCUCCCUUCCAACGCCUGGAUGCGCCUGCAUUUUUCCAGACACUCCCUGAAAACAGUCAGUUGACACCCACAAAUGCCUUCUUCCUGUCAAUAUCCUUGCGAUCGCCCGUGCGAACGGAUCCAUCGCUUUGUACCUGUGUGACGUGCCUGUGCAGUUUGGACCUGAUCGCACGCUGUGCGAAAAUGCACAGCAGCAAUCAAGUCUGAAUUACCCCCGUGUGCACUGCAGGGGGGCAGAUGUAACAUGUGCAGAGAGAGUUAGAUUUGGGUGGGGGGUGUUAAAACUGAAAUCUAAAUUGCAGUAUAAAAAUAAAGCAGCCAGUAUUUACCCUGCACAGAAACAAUAUAACCCACCCAAAUCUAACUCUCUCUGCACAUGAUAUAUCUGACACCCACCCACCCCUCCAUCGCUGCAGUGCACAUGGAUUUGCCCAUCCGCUAACAAAUUUGUUGCUACGAUCAGAUCUGAAUUAGCCGCUGAGUCUCAAUCUUCCAUCGCACCCCUGCAGACCUGUGAUAGACACCUGCACUUUCCGGAUGUCAGACUUGGGCUUGUACCUUGGAUGUGAAGUCAGUUACCUGGACAGGGUGUGUAAUCUUGUGCUAGCAUGCAACAGACAAGAGCUCCCAUGUACUGACCUUGGGGCGAGGAUAAGUGAGCCACACCCCACUUGUUUACAAUGGCAGAGGAGGAACGCAGAUAUAAUGAAUGGCAGCUGUGGCCUCUUGUCAUGAAAUUCAGUAGAGAAAUGUUCUAUAUGUUGAGAGGGGUGUGGGGCAGUACAGAUUACUAGGGCCCAGGCCCGUCUGUGGGUACCAGUCAGCCAGGGAGGUAUAAAUACACCCCCCAUCUGCAGUCACCGCUGCUUCAUAUCAGUGCACAGCAUGUCAGCAGGGUAUGACUACAUCCCUACAAUUGGCCCUAGUGCCCAUCUGAUGUCUCGGGGUGUAUAACUGCACAUAUGGAAUUUUGAUCCACUAAACAUAGCUUAAUUGAUAGUAUAGUAUACAUAAGGCAGGCUUGAAGUUCUAGUCAUCUGUCAGGAUGCUCACCCUAUAUCCGGAUCAUACAUUAGGCAACCUAGGCUACUGCCCAGAGAGAGCCUGAGGUGUAUAGAUUACCCUAACAUGUUGUGUGUUUUUAUUUCUUUUCACAAGUGGAGAUGGGAAUCAUCAUAUUGCCUAAGGGUUCCUUGGGGUCAUCAUCUAGCUAUCGCUGGACACCCCACGAGUAGCCCAGAAAGCAUUUGCCAAAACUGUCUCUGUGAUAGCCAAGUCUCGUUCUUGGCACUGUUGCUACCAGCACUAUCAAUCAGUGGGUUAGGAGAUCCAACUGCCAAUCACUACACUGUACAGGUCAAUAGUAGGGGGUAGACAUUAUGGGGGUAAUUCCAAGUUGAUCGCAGCAGAAAACUUUUUAGCAAUUGGGCAAAACCAUGUGCACUGCUGGGGAGGCAGAUAUAACAUGUGCAGAGAGAGUUAGAUUCGGGUGGGGUGAGUUCAAUCUGCAAUCUAAUUUGCAGUGUAAAAAUAAAGCAGCCAGUAUUUACCCUGCACAGAAACAAACUAACCCACCCAAAUCUAACUCUCUCUGCACAUGUUAUAUCUGCCCACCUGCAGUGCACAUGGUUUUGCCCAAUUGCUAACAAACGUUCUGCUGCGAUCAACUCAGAAUUACCCCCUAUGUUUAGUAGGGAGCCAAGAUGGGGCCUGUUGCAAAAAUACCACAGAGAAACGCCCAAAAAAGUAAUAGGUAAAUUGGCCAGUAAACUUCUAUUUAUGAAUGUGACCCCUGUGACAGGUCCUCUACCUGUGGCAAAGCCAGGUUCUGUACAUACAGUAAGUGGUGAUGUCUGUCUUGCAAAAAUAGGUUUCUAAUUUGUCACUUUCUGGCCUACAAAUUAGGCGGCAAACGUUUCCAUGUUUUAUACAAUAUACAUAUCAAGCUUCAGGAAGACAGAAACACUACUUGGGUUGCAGCAAAUGGAAUCUAUGGAUGGGUUUAAUGUUGAUCAUGUUUUUUUCUUUUUCUUUUUUUUUGUGUGUAUUCUCUUUUUUUUUUAAAUGUUUUAUGUGGGAUUGUGGUAUUUACAACAAUAAGACAUAUUUUGUCAUGUAAACAAGUCAUAUAUAUGUACAUAUAUAUAUGAAAUGUAUUUUUGUAAUCGUUGUAAAUAUAUAUUGUACAUAAAAUACAGACAUAUGCAAACUGUUAGGCUUCGAUGGAUUGAUCCGAUGACUGGCUGACUUGAACCGAGGAAACUUCAGGGCAAUGUAUACUGUAUAUAUGAACAAGUGAAUUGCCUUGAGAAGUUAUCCAAACAGACAAGAACUGAUUUCUACCCAGUAUAUUAGGAUGUUCUCUGUAUCGGCUGCCUUGAAACAUUUAACCAUGUGGUUAUUGCUUUUUUUCCUGUGACAUGCUCCUGUUGCUUAUUUGCUUGUAUUUACUAUCUUAAUAAUACAUUUAUUAAAAUCAAAACGACAUAUUUUAAUACACAUUUUGUUCAACCUGA